AUGCUAUGGCGAUUACCUCUGAUUGACUGUCGCCGCAUUGGAGGCUGGUAUCCCCACCCUCAAGUGACAUCUACGUUAGCAUCUGCAAAGUUCCAUCGCAUAUACUCGGGAUUAGCUACGCAUCGACAGGGAUCGACUGAAUGCGGGAGAACGGCGUACGGAGCGGCAAUUCUGAUUCCCUACCGCGUGGGCAGCAAUGUUUCUAAGUUCGACGCAAUUUUGUCGUCGUGUCCUGACGAGAAGAUGAAGGUAGAAGUGAAGCGAAACCUCCAAGUCUGGGAUACUAAAAACCCACGGAAUCUGGAGAAGUUCCUGGAACUAAUCGCUUUGGUAUGCAACGAUCGCGAAUUGCGCUCUUCGAUGGAAUCCGUUUUCUCGUCAAGCCGGUCAUGGGUUGGUCAUGCAUCUUCCAGCUCCAUUAGGAGUGCCCCGAAAAUGGUCGACCCGAAUCAGGCAAAGGAAAAUAUAAAAGCCAUCCUUGGUACUCCUCGUGUUCGUGAAAACAGCGUCGCGGAAUCCUCCUCAACUUUUCUCUCCGGAAGCUUGCGUGAACCCUCUCAUAAUGACGUCGUGGAUACUGUCCGUGCGAUACCACGAUCAAAGAAAUUCGGAACCAUCGGUCGUCUUCCAAUUGAAGUUCAGGAGAGCAUCGCGGGAUACAUUCGUAAAACCAUUUACGAAUUCCGAUUUCUGGUCGAUCAACUGGACGACGAGCGUCGUAGUCGUGGCCUGAAGCUUCUCGCCAUUUGGGCCGGAGUGCAAGAUGCAGUUCUGAAUUUCGACGUUUUAGCUCGCAUCGCAAGAACCAUCAUGUCGAUCGAUUUGCGCAGUGGUGCCUUGCUGUCAUUUUUGCGCCGCGGAGAUUUUUCCGCGUUUUCUGACGGGAAGGUUCAAAGGAUGAUGACCUUCGUGCAAAAUCGUGCUUACGCCCCAUUUUUGCACAUGUUGGAGUGUUGGAUUUAUCGUGGAAUGCUGGACGAUCCUUACGAAGAGUUCUUUGUUGUGAGGAACCAAGAAUUCGCCACCGAAAAUGUUUCUGCUUAUUAUUCUGAAGAUUACUGGACUGGAGCUUACGGAGUGCCUGUGACGGAAAUGGUCCCCGAUUUCCUUCAGGGUCAACUCGCUUUGCAAGUUUUGAACACUGGGAAGUAUAUUAAUGUGAUAAAGAAAAGUGGACACACGUUCAGGUGCCCUUUCGAAGCUCCGAUUCCGUUCAGCGACUCGGACAAGCCAACUGUUGAAGCCGUGAAGAAAGCUCAUGCCUACGCUUCCAAUGCCCUAAUGAAAGUUCUCAUUGACGAGCACGAUCUUCUCGGGAUCUUGGGAGCGAUCAAACAUUAUUUCCUCAUGGACAAGGCUGAUUUUAUUGAGGAAUUCAUGCUGUUGUGUGAUAAUGUGGAACUCGGAGGCUGCAUCGGAGACGUGAAUCUUACAAGGCUGAAUACGUUGUUGGAGCUCGCGUUGCGGAUUUCCAUCGGCGAGAAUGAAGUUUACAAGGACUAUUUGAAAGGGAGUCUCAAGCAAUACGGACUGGAGGCUGAACUGUGCAAAAUAGUGUCGAUUUCAACCAAGCAAGAGCACGAAUGGGACGAGAAUAUGAAGAGCAUGUCUGUACCGGUGUGGGAAGCGUUCACGUUGACGUACGACGUACAAUGGCCGAUUAGCCUGGUGAUCGAAUUGAGGUCCAUGACGUGUUAUCAGAUGCUUUUUCGGCAUUUCUUUCACCUGAAACGAGUUGUGAGAUUAUUGACGCGAUUGCGAAUUUCUCCGCGUCCUCGGAAGAUGACCCGGACUGGUCAGAGUGGAUUGGUGAGAGCUUUGUAUGGGCUCAGACUCAAGAUGGUGCACUUGGUGCAAACGCUGCAGCAUUGCAUGAUAUUCGACGUGGUUGAACCUGCCUGGCGGGAGAUGAUGACGAGAAUUGGGCAGGCAGUUGCAAUGGAUCAAGUGAUCACAAUGCACAAGGAUUUCAUCGACGCUUGUCUCAAGGAUUGUAUGCUGACUUACCCUCGGGUGCUUCAAAUAUUAAGGGGCAUCUUCAACGUUUGCAUGGAGUUCUGUAACUUGGUAGAAAAAUCUGCUGGAAUCGAUGGCGUCAAAUUCGACAAGAAUGAGGAGCUGAGAGUGGAAAAAUUGGAUGUUGCGUUUUCAACCCUCGCGUUGGAAUUGAUUAAUUUGGCUUCUGAUGACGCUGGUGUCAUCAGUGCCACGGUGAAAAACAUGCUGCGAAGGCUAAAUUACAACGCGCAUUACUCAGAUGUUCAGUGA